AUGAACCAGGCCGGUCCGCAGCAGGUGCCUGGAGGUGCCCAAGGCAAUGGCAACGGGGCGGUACCAAUGGCUGCUGGGGCAGGUGGCAACGGAGUAACCGCAGCCCAGCAGCAUCAGGGCAUUAUGUAUAGACCGGAGCAGAUGCGCAACAUCAAGGAGCUGUCGGCUGUUGAGAAAGCAAAGUAUGAAGGCGGGCUUCGUUCUCUGUGGAAGACGUUCAACGAAUCUCCAGAGGGCACCCCGGAAAAAGAAAAUGCGCGACGGAAGAUUUAUGAGUUUGCCCCGGUUCUUGCACGAAAAGCUCAGACUCAGACUCAGGCUCAGACUCAGGCUCAAGCCCAGACCCAGCAGCUUAUGCAGCAGCAAGCCCAGUUAGCCCAGGCCCAGGCCCAGCAGCAACAGGUUCAUGCCCAACAUGCCCAGCAACAGCAGGCUCGUGUUGCUGCUGCUGCAACUCCAAACGUGGGUGCUCCCAAGCCUGGACAGGCGGGGUCAACAGCAGGCGGAACGCAACAAGUCCAGCAAGACGCUCAGGCCCAACCAAGCCAGCAGCAGCAGCAGCAGCAGCAACAACAACAGCAGCCGCGACCGCAGCAGAUGGCAAAGAUUCCUGCCAACAUUCAGCAGCAUCUAAACCAGCUGACCUACUUUCCAAUUCCCAGCUUUGCAGACAAGCCGCCCGAGGUAGUUGCCAAGUGGCAAGAAGACGUGAAGAAGAAGCUUGGAAUCUCGUUGAUGCAGAUCGAAAGCGCCCGUGCCAACAUGAUCAAGCUGGAAUCUUUAUACAAGACGCGUACGGAAAGCGGAACUCUGUCAGCCGAAGACCAGAAGAGCUUUAAAGACAAGAAAGACCAGUUCCAGAGAAUCCAUGAUGAAGCUGCCCGUUUCAUCGCAAGCUAUCGGAAGCAGCAGGAGGCGGCUAAGCAGUUGAAGCAGCAGCAGACGGCUGGCGGUGUUGCGACUGCCCAAAUGCAGCAGCAGCAGCAGCAGCAACAACAACAACAAGCAGUCGCCGCCCAGCAACCACAUGUUAGCAACAUCAAGACUGAGCAAACAAAUUUGCAGCACUCACAGGCCAACAUUAAUGGAGCCAUCGAAGCUGCCAAGAAGGAGUCAUUGGCAGCAGCAGCCAGACAGGGAGCUGCAGGAAAUAACGGCAUGGCUAGCAAUGGAGCUGUUCUCGGCCAAAACAAGCCAGCCUCUGGCCCCACACAACAGACCCCGAUUCCACCACCUGUCAUCCCCGCAGCUGCCAUGCAGCAAGCUCAGAAACAACAGCAGCAGCAGCUGCCGCAGCAACAACAGAAGCCAGCCACACAGACACCAGUCCCCCCACCUAUGCCUAUGAAUGGUGCAAUGGCUGCUUCUGCCAACAAAGCCGCUAAUAUUGGCACACCCACACCUAUUUCGGUGGCAGCAGCACGUGUUCCAGCACAGCACUCCGCAACACCUCUCAAUGCGGCACCUAGAGCGUUGUCGCACCAGAAGGCUCUUGAAGAGGCAAACAAGCAACGAACUGCUUCAAUCGGCGGUGGAGGUAUGUCCGGUACUCCGGGAGGUCCCAACCGGAUGACUGAUAAGCUGCCGAUCCCGAAGCAGCUGUCUGAGAAGGCAUCUCAGAUGCCGCAGCCUGUGGCCGUUGGCGGCGGUGUAGCACCAGGCCGUCCCACCUUGACGAGCGGUGGUGGUAUGGUUGGUGGUGUUAUGGGCCAGCCGGUUGUCGCCAAAGUGCCUGCAAUUCAGAUGGAGGGCGAAGGUGAACGCGUUCUGAACAAAAAGAAGUUGGAUGAGUUGGUUCGCCAAGUGUGCGGUGGUACCGCAGAGGGUCAUGAGGGCAACCUCUUACAACCAGACGUGGAAGAGUCCGUUCUCAACCUGGCUGACUCCUUUGUCGACAAUGUGCUUCACACUGCUUGUCGCAACGCCAAGGAACGCGGAUCCAAAGUGCUGGAAAUUCGUGACAUCCAGCUUGUGCUAGAGCGUACAUACAAUAUCCGCAUCCCGGGAUAUUCUUCAGACGAGCUGCGCACCGUACGCAAGGUGCAACCGUCGGUGCAGUGGAUCACAAAGAUGAGCGUGAUACAGGCAGCGAAGGUGACGUCUGGAAGCAAGAACGACUCAUAG